AUGACAGUUAAUCGAAUAAGAGUAGUGGUCCUCGGCAGCGCUCGCUCCGGCAAAUCAGCUGUGGUAGUCCGUUAUUUAACCAAGAGGUACAUCGGGGAAUAUAGCUCGACAGGCGAUUUCUUAUAUCAACAUCGUGUGUCAUUUGAUGGAGUAACAUCUGAAGUAGAAAUUCUGGAUACUUGCGGCUGUGCGAAACGAGGUUGCUUGCCGGAACACCUUAGAUGGGGUGAUGCUUUUGCAGUAGUCUAUUCGGUGUGUGAUCGACGUUCCUUCUUAGCAGCAGCAGAAUUGUUGGCAUUACUUGAACGCACUAGAUUGCCGGGUUGUACCUCUGUCACUUUGUUAGGAAACAAGAGGGAUCUAGAACACGCAAGGGCGGUAAAAACAGAAGAAGGUCAAGAAAUGUCGCUAAGAUUCGGCUGCCAGUUCUAUGAAGUUUCUGCGGCAGAGUCGUGCGCGGGCGCUGCACUCGCCUUCCACGCGUUGUUGCGUGAGGCGCGGUCUCUCGCCAUGUUACUGCCGACCCCGCGUCGUAAACUUGCUGCUUACUCUGUAUCAAAGGUAAUUGGUACAAUCCUCGGACUAAGCAACAAAAGCGUAAGGAAGAAAAGACCUUCUCUUAGCAUA